AUGGUUUAUCCAAAGGAUCGUCGUUCGUUGGUGUACCCUUUACUUAUUAUGUACUUUAUCCUACUUUGGACUGUGUCCCUGAGCUUAAAUGGAGAAAGGCAGGUAGGGAUCUGGACAAGGACAUACCCAUCUGGGUGUGCAAGAAGUUUGUCCGAGUUAUCGCUCUUUUCAGAUGAUUUUACAUUCAUUGAAAACCAGGACACGAAUAAGAAUGACAGCACUUCCAGAAAUGGCCACAAUAACAUGAAGCCGGAGGGGAAUCCACGUGCAGGGAUACAUGCAGUGGGCAGCAGGUCCCAUGAAGGCCUAUUCGAUAAGUCCGACGAAAGCUUAUUCGACAAGUCCGACGAAAGUCUGUUUGACGGGUCCAAUGAGAGUCUGUUUGACAGGUCCGACGAAAGUCUGUUCGACAUUUCCCAUAGGAAAUUGGUUGACUCGUCCAAUGAAAGUCUGUUUGACAGAUCCGAUGAGAGUCCGUUUGACAAAUUCGACGAAAGUCUGUUUGACAGAUCCGAUAGAAAUCUUCCUGACGCGUCCGAUGAGAGUCUGUUUGACGGGUCCAAUGAAAGACUGUUUGACGGGUUCAAUGAAAGACUGUUUGAUGGGUCCGAUGAUAAUUUGCUUGACGCGUCCAAUGAGAGUCUGUUUGACGGGUCCGAUGAGAGUCUGUUCGACAGGUCCGAUGAGAGUCCGGUUGACAAGUCCCACACGAAUCUGCUUGACAGUUCCGAAGCGGGAAAAAAUAAGAAGCCCCACCCUCAACCAAGUUAUGGAGGUUAUCCUCAACCAAGUUAUGGAGGUUAUCCUCAUCCAGGUUAUGGAGGUUAUCCUCAUCCAGGUUAUGGAGGUUAUCCUCAACCAGGUUAUGGAGGUUAUCCUCAACCAAGUUAUGGAGGUUAUCCUCAACCAAGUUAUGGAGGUUAUCCUCAUCCAGGUUAUGGAGGUUAUCCUCAUCCAGGUUAUGGAGGCUACGCUCAACCAAGUUAUGGAGGCUACGCUCAACCACGUUAUGGAGGUUAUCCUCAAGCAGGUUAUGGAGGUUAUCCUCAUUCAACCUAUGUAGGAUAUCCUCAUCCACCUUAUGGAGGCUACGCUCAACCACGUUAUGGAGGUUAUCCUCAAGCAGGUUAUGGAGGUUAUCCUCAUUCAACCUAUGUAGGAUAUCCUCAUCCACCUUAUGGAGGCUACGCUCAACCACGUUAUGGAGGUUAUCCUCAAGCAGGUUAUGGAGGCUACGCUCAACGAGGUUAUGGAGGUUAUCCUCAACCAAGUUAUGGAGGUUAUCCUCAUUCAACCUAUGUAGGAUAUCCUCAUCCAACUUAUAGAGGCUACGCUCAACUAGGUUAUGGAGGUUAUCCUCAACCAAGUUAUGGAGGUUACUCUCAACCACGUUAUGGAGGUUAUCCUCAACUAAGUUAUGGAACUGAAUCAAGGCAACAGUGCGGAACUACGUACCCUAAUUGGAGGUACCGUAUCCUAGGAAGGUACAGAUCAAUGCUCCCAUACGGUUGCACCCUCCAUGACAUUUCCAGGAAUCUUACGAACGAAGAAAUAUUGAGCAUGCCCCACAAAAUUAUCCUUUCCCUCUGGCUCAGUAAAAGAAAGGCAUUUAUUUUAUAUUUUUACUAUGGUAUAUACUUAGAGAGGAAGUAUUACACCAUGGUGAAUAGGCUGAACAUAUGGUUUUCCAGCGUAGCAGAAGACAAUAAUUUGCCAGAUGAUUACAAGUCAGAAUUGUGGGAAGAAUGCAACAAAGAGCUUCUGCAUGAUUUGGAAUGCAUCCAGAGGACAUGUGAAAAUUUUUUCUACAACUUUGUCCGUAGAAUCACAGGGAAAUAUAUAUGGACUAUAUCAUUUGAAAAUCUGCUGUAUGCUUCUUACAGGUUAACAGAGGGAAGUGUUAUCUCGAAGAGGGAUAAGUGGAUUAGUAUUUUGGCACAUAAGGUGAGAAGCUACAAAGCGAGGGAAAACAGAAAGUGUAUUACUCAUGAAGGAUAG